AUGAGUCACAGGAAGUUCGAGCAUCCGCGCCAUGGUUCUCUCGGCUUCUUGCCCCGGAAGCGGUGCAAGCGCUCACGCGGGAAAGUGAAGGCGUUCCCCAAGGAUGACCCCACCAAGGCUCCCCACCUGACGGCGUUCCUGGGCUACAAGGCGGGCAUGACUCACAUCGUCCGCGAGGUCGAGAAGCCCGGAUCCAGGCUGCACAAGAAGGAGGCUGCUGAGGCCGUCACCAUUGUCGAGACCCCCCCCAUGAUCGUCUGCGGUCUGGUCGCGUACGUCAAGACCGCGCACGGCCCGCGCACCCUCACGCACGUGUACGCCGGGCAUCUGAGCGACAACGUCCGUCGGCGGUGGUACAAGAACUGGCACAAGUCGAAGAAAAAGGCGUUCACCAAGUACGCGAAGAAGUUCAGCACUGACGAGGGCAAGAAGGAGAUCGAGGAGGAGCUGGAGCGCAUGAAGAAGCACGCGUCGAUCAUCCGCGUUAUGGCGCACACCGAGGUGCACAAGCUCAAGGGAAUCAAGCAGAAGAAGUCGCAUCUGAUGGAGAUCCAGAUCAACGGCGGUACCAUCGAGGAGAAGGUGGACUGGGGUUACAAGCUGUUCGAGAAGGCCGUGCCCAUCGAUGCCGUGUUCCGCAAGGACGAGAUGAUUGACGUCAUCGCCAUCACCAAGGGUCACGGUAACGAGGGUGUGGUGCACCGGUGGGGUGUUACCCGCCUGCCUCGCAAGACCCAUCGUGGUCUUCGCAAGGUCGCUUGUAUCGGAGCGUGGCAUCCGGCUCGUGUGCCGUACACCGUGGCGCGCGCCGGUCAGAACGGUUACCAUCACCGCACGGAGCUCAACAAGAAGAUCUACAAGAUCGGGAAGAAGGGCGACGAGACCCACAAGGCCAGCACGGAGUACGAUCGUACCGACAAGGAAAUCACCCCCAUGGGAGGCUUCGCGCAGUACGGUGUGGUGGGCGAGGACUACAUCAUGAUCAAGGGGUGCUGCCCUGGUGUGCGCAAGCGCGUGCUGACGCUGCGCCGGUCGCUGCUGAAGCAGACGUCGCGCAACGCGCUGGAGGAGGUGAAGCUCAAGUUCAUCGACACGUCCUCCAAGUUCGGCCACGGUCGCUUCCAGACGUCCGACGAGAAGGCCAAGUACUUCGGCCGCACCAAGGCGUAG